AUGUUCCAAUUCAUCACUUUCGCCGCUGUCCUGGCCGUCGCCACCGCCGCUCCUGGCUUCAUCGCACAACCGGUUGUUGCCAAAGUAGGUGCCGUGGUGCACAGUGCUCCAACUGCCGUCUCCCACCAGAGCAUCACCCAAGUGCACAGCAAUGCUCAUUUCGUGACACCUGCAGUGAAGACCGUGGCUCCGGUGGUUCCAGUAGUCAAAACUAUUGCCCCUGUUGACCCAGUGGUGAAGACCUAUUCCGCCCCUAUUGUGCAUGCUUCUCCAAUUGUACCUGUUGUGAAGACCUACACCGCCCCGGUAGUACACCACGUUCCCGUUGUAAAAUCAGUCGUUGCUCCCGUUGUUCCAGUACUCCAUGCUGCACCUGUGGUUAAAUCUGUGAUUGCCGCUCCAGUUGCUCACUUUGUUCAUCAUUAA